ACGAGGAGCUAAAAUGACAAAUCCGCUGUUCCUUCAGGACGUCUCGCACUUUCCAACGUUGGUGGUCCCGAUCCGCUGUUCCUUCAGGAAGUUUCGCACAGAGGUGCUAGUAUUCUCAUUUAGGGAUGGAUAUGAACGGCACAUGUAGUCAUUCCUUUGACUUUAAGCAGUGGGUGUACUGGAGUCUCCUUCCAGCAUGCGUGAUCAUCACUAUGUUCUGCUUCUUGGAGCGACGAGUAAAUUUGUGGCCGACUUAUUGCCAUGGUCGGCCCGGUGUUGCAUUCCCCGUCAACCUGGUGGAUAGCUACACGGAUCGCUGGUCAUUUGCCUUCGCCUUUGGCAGCAUGGCAACUUUUUUAUAUAGAGUUCGUGAACUAGCGGCAUCCUUUGACACUGACCAUGUUGAUGUAAUGUUGCAAGGGGUAGUCCAGUUCUUUCUGUAUCUGUUGGAGGCCCUCAUAGUCAGCCUGGUAAUCUACCCAAUCCUGUUGUGCUUACAGUCCCAACGGGGUCUCCUCCGGAACAGCAUUGGGUUGUUGUACUCUGUGCCUUGGCUGGUUUUUUGCAUAGGUAACAUCGUACUUUCUGCAGUGCCCUGCAAACAGACGAACGUAGAUCAGUUAGACCCAGUUGUGGAGAUACUACAGGGAGUUGUUUUAUAUGGAUCAGGGACAAUCUGCUUCUUCGCUUUGGUGAUUCGGUUCUUGCUUGGUCUGAUAAAAAACAUGAGGAACGGAUUUGGAAUGUCAAUUUUCAAGGGAUUCCUUGAGAUCCCUGAUGCUCCUACGCCAGAUUUCAAGAAGACACAUUUCUACAUCCGGGUAAAAUACCUGUUGACACCGACGGUACAACAGAAAAUGAGUGAAAACAUCGUUUUGUACUUGUUCCAGAAAUAUAUUGGCACUGUGCCAGGGUUCAGAUUUUCACGUCACAAUAUUUGCACAUUUAUAUUGACUGCUGUAGUAACAGUUCAGGUUGUUCUAUGGUGGUCAGGUGUCAAUGGAAGACUGUUAUACUUUUACUCAACUUUACAACUGCCGACAUUACCCCAAAUGACCGUGCAAAAGAUUACAAUUACCUUUUGGGUUUCAAGUGUUGUGGCACUGAUUUUCACUGUGGCUUGCACUAUUGAUAUGCAGCUGCGAUACAGGAAACACACGCUGAUGUUGUGGAGAGGGGACCGCUCAUUUUGCCCAAAACAGAAACGGUCCUUCAGCGUAAUGAUGGUCGCGAGUUUAAGAUACCCUGCAUAUCACGUUGCAUACAGCCUGUGGGGUUUUAUAGUCAUACAGAUUCUGAUGUGGAUCAUUCUGCAAUUAAUCGUUCUGCUUUGGGAUAGUGUAUCCCUGUAUCUUCUUAAGAGAUACUGGUUAGCUUUCGUCAUUGCCUUUGCCUUCUACUACGGACAGAUCCUCGUUGCUCGACUGGUUUUCCUCCAGAGGGCGCUUGAUCCAGCAGGAACAGUCCACAUUUAUUUGCUUCAGAAAAACGUCACUGGGUUUGGACAACAGACGUGUCUUCCACGUGGCUGUCUACUUCCUGCUGUUCACCAAUUUCAUCCUCGGUUUAAUGAGCUGCUUCCUCCGCAUCCUGAAAGCCCUCGUCUUUGGAGUUCUGUUCAUCGGACGCAUGGACAGACUAACGUUGAUGCGGGACUGGGAACUAUGGGACAGAGGUUACGGUGCUUACAUUAGCUUCCUUCAACUGGAGGUCGCUCACACACAUCCUGUCCUCGUCACGUUCUGUCAUUUUCUUCUGCAAACCGUGAAAACCGACCAAGCCUCGCUGCAGCAAUGCUCAACCAAGAUAGAGGGUGGACGCGAAGAGCUGGGAAGAAAUAAUGAGAAACGAUACUCACAGCGCAUGCGCAACAAGUGGCUGGUAGCGUUGA